AUGUCCAGCUGGAGGACUGCUUGUAUCGUUUCACCGAUACUCGCCAGUGGAAAGCUCCCUCGAAUAGCGUGUCAACAAUGGAGCUUCGAGCAGCCAAAACGCCACAACCAGUCGCAAACCCGCCACGCUCUGCUGGACUUGAGGCGGAAGGCAAUACCACUUGAUCGUCAGCGUCAGGUGCUGUACGAGCUGGUGGAAAAAUUCGAAAAGUUUCCUCAAGAGAAGUCGUUCGCCAUCGAGGAGGGUGCGAUCGAGUUGCUAAAGGAACUGGAGUAUUCGACCGAUCCGGCCAUCACCGAGCAUGCAAAGCUGGGGCUGGCCCUUCUCGGGUACAUACCGCCUUUGCCGAGCGACGGGAUUCGUAUCCUUAGCAUCGACGGUGGUGGCAUUCGGGGGAUCAUCGUGAUGGAGCUGUUGCGGAAGCUGGAGCGACUCACGAACCGUAGGAUCUUUGAACUAUUCGAUCUAGUGUGCGGUGUGUCGACGGGAGCAAUUCUAGUCUGUGCAUUGGCCUCGGAAAAGAAUCUCACACUCACCGAGGGUAUUCAUCUGUACAAGAAAAUUGCCUACAAAAUCUUCCACCGUCCGUCGACGUUCGAUAAGCUGUCGGGCGCAUCGCGACUCGUUUCUUCGCACGCCUACUACGAUAUCGAUAUGUGGGAAUCGCUGCUCAAACGUCACAUCGGGCAUCGUCGGAUCAUCGAUACGGUGAUGCUACCAAAUGUGCCGAAGUUCUGCUGCAUUUCCACAACGGUGUGCGACGAGUACAUCGAUGCGCACGUGUUCCGGAACUACACAUUCCCGCGAAACGUGCAGUCGGUAUACGCCGGGUGCCACACGGCACGCCUCUGGGAGGUGGUGAGGGCUUCUUCCGCCGCACCGGCGUACUUCGGUGAUUUCCCGCUAAACGGUCAGCUCCAUCAGGACGGCGGGAUACUGUACAACAAUCCGACUGCGGUGGCCAUCCACGAGGCGAAGUGCCUCUGGCCGAAGGAGAAAAUCCAGUGCGUUGUCUCGUUCGGAACGGGGCGAACGCGCAGCAAGUCAAACGAUGGCCAGAAAAUCAUCAGCCAAAACAUACUCGACCAGGCAUCCCUGUCGAGCUCGUGGAAAACGAAAUUUUUGCGCAUCCUCGAUUCGGCCACCGACACCGAGGCGGCCCAUACGGUACUGAGUGAUCUGUUGCCACCGGGACGAUACUUCCGAUUCAACCCGUACCUGAAAGAGUUUCUGUCGAUGGUCGAGGUGCGACCGGAGAAGCUAGCGCAGCUCGAGCGGGAUACGGCGAUGUACUUUGCGCGCAACGAGGACAAAUUUGAGCAGGUCGCUGAUUUGCUAAUGCGUAAACGGUCGAUUGCACGCAAAGCGUACGAUAUUGCUAGGAAUAUCUUGUACCGUUGACGAGAAAAGUUUUGUGUCGACAUGACGACAAAUAGCAGAUUCCAAAGAGAUUCUUUAAUUAGUUCUAAUGCCAUCAGGAGUUGAUAGGGUAAGCAGUACAACGUGAACGAUUGAAGCUAAGUAAUUAUGAUUAUGUUUUUCACAUAACGAUACGAGACAUACCUCAGCACGGGAGAAACAUUUUGUUUUUCGAUAAGUAUUCAUUUCAAUUCUCUAGAGCAUCGCUAGGAUUUACUUUAUUUACUUCUUUAUUAUUUUUAAUUAUUUUUUUAC